AAACCUGAAUUAAACCUCUUUGCACCUAAGAGCCAGACAGACAUCCCAGGAACCCCGAGACGAGCAUAGGACACAGCAUAAGGGCGAAUAAAGGGGGGAAAUAGGGAAGAGAGGUUUUCCGAGGGAGCGUUUUGAGUGCGUGUUAUGGCGGCCUCGGAGGGAAGGCGACAGCGGUGAGGGAGGAGAGAUUUGGCCUCUUUUCACACCUCGUUUCCUCUCCUCUUGUCGUUUCCCCCUCUUCCCCGAGCCCGAGAGGAGAAGUCGUAGCACAUAAUGGACAAGCCGGAAGUAGAGAGCAUGGAGACAGAUGACGCGGAAAAUCCUUUGGGGGAGAGCUUGAAGGAGCCAGACACCGGAGAAUCAAGCAAAGGAGAGAAAGAGGGAGGAAGUGCGAGCGAUGAAACGAAAAAAGGAGACGAAGAUGAAGAAGUGGAGAAAGGAGAUGAGAGUGAAGAAGGAGCAGAAGGGGAACAGAAAAGUGAGGGGGAUAAGGAAGCAAGUGAGGGGGAUAAGGAAGAAAGUGAGGGGGAGAAAGACACAAGUGAGGAAGUGAAAGAAAACUGUGAUAGUAACGAAGCGCUUGCUGACAGGGACAGUGCGUCGGAGGAGACCUGCCAGAAAGACAUAGAUAAUGUGACAGUGCAUGAAAGGGAACCAGAGAAGGAGCAGGAAAUGGAGUGUGGAGUAGACCCAUUGCUAGAGAAUAAGGAGAAAGAUGAUGAUGAUAAUGACUGUGGUGAGGAAGAUGCAGAGAAUGAAGAAAGUGGAGAAAAUAAAGAGGAUUACAGUCUUAGCCUCGUGGAUUGUGAACUCGAAAAAGACGAAAGUACUGGUGACAAAGGCAAUCUCGAAGACAGUAAAGAAGUGAAUUCUUGGUUAGAUACGAGUGACAGUCAGUCCACGGAUUUACAGAAAGAUAACUUGUGUAGUGAGAAUGCAAAUGGGGAUGAGGGGGGGAAUAGCUCUAAAGAGGACGCUGGGGACUCCAAGGGCGACGAGAGUAAUGAGGAUUGUCAGAGGACUGAGGUAAUGGAGGUAGACGUAGGGAGUGGGGAACCAACGAACACUCAGGAAAAGAGAGAUGAAGAUGCGGAGGAAGAUAUAAUCGAACUCGAAGUGUACAAAAAGCCAGCUGAAGUUGUGGACUUGGCCAAUGAUGAAGAAGCAGAGGUGGAUAAAGAGGAGGAAGAAAAAGUGUGUGAAAGAGAUGCCAUCUCUGACGACCAGUGUUUGGACAGCAAUAACAAGGGUAUUAAACUAAGAUCUCUAGCUUCUCUCGUUGAAAAGGAGACCCAGGAGGUGAGAAGCGAUGAUAACUCGACCGAAUCAACCAUCUCGGUGGCCACACCUCUGGCAGACGGACCUGCGAUUGGUGAGAUCCUGGAGCAUGGGGAGAUCAUAGGUCCUGCAGAAAUGGGGGGCCUGCAGCUGAGGAUAUCCAAUGUGGUUGGGGGUGAGGACAGCAUCACCGGGCUGUCGACCGAUGAGGACCGGGAUGCCUUUUGCAACAUCCAGAUCUCGUCUGUGACCACGCUGAUGGACCCCAUGAGUCCCGAAGACCCCAACCAGGACAAAAGCCUCAGCUCGCCUGAGAAGGACUUGGAGAAGCAGCUCAACAAUGACCACGGUGAUGAGCCAGGAAAAGAAGGUGAUGACUCGGCGGUCGGAGGAAUAAAAAUUGUUAAUUCUGAGAGCCUGGCAGAAAAAGAUGCAGGGAAGGAGGAUGAAGAAGGCGAUUCAGUUGGGCCUAAAAUCAGGCUCAGUAGUGCUGUGUCUGAGGUUGCUAAAGAUGUUGGAUCAACAGAGGAUGAGAUGAGUAAUAAAAAUGUUUACCACAUACUGAAGAGCAUACUAACUGUUAAUCGCAUUUGUCUAGUCUGCACAAAGGCCACCGUGUGUGAGUUCCGUGUGAAGAAGAAGCUGAAGCAGGCAGUGCAUGGCUUCAUCUGCUCACAGGAGUGCAAGACCCGGUGGAUAGAGAACCUCCCCUCUGACCACCUUGUGGAGAAGCCGCGUCUCAUUUUCGAGAAGUUGUGCGGCAUGUGCGGCAAGGACUUGAGCGCCCUCAGCCGGAGCAACCAGUUCUCAUGGGAGACAAGAGAGUUUUGCUCACAGAACUGCCUGACCUUGCACUUGAAUGAAGUCGCUGGAAAGUGUCACACUUGCCAAGAGAGAGUGCGCAUUCUCUUUAUUGGAAAGUACUGCGUGAGAUUUGGCUCCGACAUCCACCAGUUUUGCUCAAACACGUGCUUGGAGUGUUACAAGACCAAAAUCAAGGUGUGCUGCUACUGCCAGAAGAACUUAGACAAGGUCGAGAAAGUUACCUCCACGGCGAAUAAGGAGUAUUGCAGCACCAAAUGCCUGAAGCGGACCCAGAGGAGGGACAUUGGCCAGCAGAACUAUAGUGAAAACCUCCCCUGCACUGUAUGCCAGACUCCAGGGGUGAACCGUUACGAGUUCCUCUUGAAUGGAGAGCCGCACCAACUCUGCUCCGAUCCCUGCCUGAACGUCUACAAAUACGUGAAUAAAGUAAAAGCUGUUGCGUGCUGCCUUUGUUUUCGUGUAAUGAACGCAGAGGAGGUGUGCCAUUACCUCUACCAUGGGGGACAUCAGUUAAGAGUCUUCUGCUCUGACUCCUGCGUAAAUGUUUUCAUCCUCUCGGCCCGAAAGAUAGUAGUCUGUGACACGUGUAAGGUUAAAAAAUAUAACUUUGAUAUGAUACAUAGACAGAUUGAUGAGGAUUUCCUAGACUGUUUUUAUUGCUCAUUAAAUUGUUUGAAAUUCGACCAGAGACCAAGGAAAUCCAUAGGGAGUGGGACAUCCACCACCACAGAAAAUUCGACAAACACCACAACUACCACAACCACUACCAGCUCCGACACUUCGAUCACUUCGUGUAACAUGUGUUCUGCAGUGGCCAAGGCACAAUACCACAUGGUCAUGUCCGACAACACCUUGCGGAGCUUUUGCCGAUACUCUUGUGCGACGAAAUUCAAGUCCAUUUAUGGAUUCCAAGUGGACGGAGUGCAGACCACAAAUAGGCAAACCACAGUCAAGUCAGGUACACUCAUCAGACAUAAGCCAUCUACUCCGGUAACCAGUGACGCGUCCCAGACAACUGACAGCAUUAGCCAAGCCAAACAAAAGUCAGCCACUGAGUCAACGCAAGAUACAUUGAAUGGAAGUGCUCAGCCCAAGGCACAGCUCCCCCCCGUGUCGGCAGCAGAGCUAUUACAGCUACUAAAACCUCCUGUCAUGGUGAACAAAAUGACUUCAUGCCGCCCCAUGCAGAGCACAAAGGGGGUUUUCUGCAAGCCGCAUCCUUGGCACAGACAGACGCAGACGGAACCCCUGUCAGCUGACGACGAAACGCAACCCAGCUUAUCGUCCACUUGGAAGCCUCCGCCGAUCCUGCCCAUACCAAUCCCCGUGUAUGUGCCGUCACCCAUGAUGAUGUACAAUGCCCCCUGCCCCGUGCCCAUUUUCGUGCCCCUGCCCUUGCCCGUGCCGGUGUUCAUCCCCACGACAGCUAAGACCACCGAGGACAUCAAGGAAACCAUGGCGAAAAUUCGUGAGGAGAUGCCUUCAGACCCCUAUGAGGCAGAGAUGCUGCUCCUGGCUCGGGCAGAGAAAAGCAAGGAAUUGACAGAAGAAGGGGAAGGAGAGACAGUGCCUGCGGAGAUGCCAAGUGAGGAGGCAGUGGCAGCCACAGAUGUGGAUAAUUUUGAUUCAUUCCCUGAGGAGGAAGAGACCAUGAAUGAUGAUUUAGACUCGGCCGACAUCACCUGUUUGAAUACGAUAGAGGAGGACCUUCCAGUAUAUCCCCUGAGACUAUUAGAUAACUUGGAUUCUUCUCAGUGCAGCCCACUCUCGGGGGACGCAGAGCCCCUCGACAACAGAGGCAAGAGACAGAUGCCCUCACACACAGACUCAGGACAGCCCAGAAAGAGGCUACGGCGUGCGCACAGCAACGACUCACAGUCAAUGUCGGACCCAGACGACCCGGAACCCGAGCCCGAGGCAGAGACCAUGCCAGAAGCUCUCCUUGAAGAAGACUAUCAGGGGCCCUAUCUCAAUUGUGUGCGUGAGAAGUCCAUUUUCUCAGUCCCUGAGGAGGAAGAGACCAUGAAUGAUGAUUUAGACUCGGCCGACAUCACCUGUUUGAAUACGAUAGAGGAGGACCUUCCAGUAUAUCCCCUGAGACUAUUAGAUAACUUGGAUUCUUCUCAGUGCAGCCCACUCUCGGGGGACGCAGAGCCCCUCGACAACAGAGGCAAGAGACAGAUGCCCUCACACACAGACUCAGGACAGCCCAGAAAGAGGCUACGGCGUGCGCACAGCAACGACUCACAGUCAAUGUCCGACCCAGACGAUCCGGAACCCGAGCCCGAGGCAGAGACCAUGCCAGAAGCUCUCCUUGAAGAAGACUAUCAGGGGCCCUAUCUCAAUAAAAUGUAUGGGCUGGCGGCGUGGAAGCGUUGGGUGACGGGAAAGAACGCGGAGCUGGCUGGGGUCUCUUCCUCACGUAGUAUGAAACUCGUACCCGAGGACUUGCUUACCAUGAAUUGUGAGGAACUGAACUAUGCCCUCUGUCUCUUCCUAAAAGAUCUGAAGAAGCCCAAUGGGGAAACCUACCAGCCAGAUACUAUCUAUUACCUCCUCCUCGGUAUUCAGCAGCACCUUUUUGAAAGUUCAAGAAUAGAUUGCAUCUUCAUGGAUUUUGGAUUUGAGAAGUUCACCAACAGCCUCGAUGAAGUUACGAAAACGUUUUUGAAAUCUACUCCAUCACCAAGUUUGUCAUCCCCCUGCUCCAUGCCCGUAACCAGAAUAACAGAAGCCAUGCUGUGGGAGUGUCGACAGCUGGGCGCGCACACACCACAGGUCCUAUUAAACACGCUCUUCUACUUCAAUGUCAAAGUGUUCAAGCUCAAGACUGUAGAGGAUCACCUAAACAUGUCAUUUGUGCAAAUAGUCAAGCAGUGGCGACGGACCACCAUAGGGAGAGAAGGAUCCGUGUCCAGAACGGCACUUCUCAAAUAUUAUCCUAAAAAGUCCACAAUCGAAGUGUUAACAUUGUUUUUUUUUUAUGUUGUUCAUAUUGGUGUUAUUCGUAAUACUACUGUAGAGGAUCACCUAAACAUGUCAUUUGUGCAAAUAGUCAAGCAGUGGCGACGGACCACCAUAGGGAGAGAAGGAUCCGUGUCCAGAACGGCACUUCUCAAAUAUUAUCCUAAAAAGUCCACAAUCGAAGAGUCCAAACCUGCGCCAAAUUAUGAAAUGCACGAGAAUCGGGACGACCCUCUAAGAUGCCCAGUCAAGCUCUACGAAUUUUAUUUGUCGAAAUGCCCAGAGAGUGUACGUAACCAGCGGAAUAUCUACUACGUGUAUCCUGAGAGAUCGUGUAUACCAAACUCGCCCGUCUGGUUCUCAACACAGUCUGUUCAGGCAGCGAACAUUUCCAAAAUGCUGAAUCGAGUUCUCUUAGUGCGGGAGGUCCAGGAGGCCUUGACAGAGUGAAGCAGGUGGCAGGUGUUAUGCAAAUCAAAUGGUAUCAUUUAAUGAGAUGUGGGAGUGUGUCGUUUAUCGUUUGGCAUUGAGUCGAGUUCUUCCAGUGCUAAGAAGUAACAAUUCUUGUCAUGAGCAAAGGUGCUGUUGAGGUCAGCCAAGGAAGAGGUUGUAGUAUAAUAAGGUUCAUCCUAGGUGAAAAGAAUGGAAAACUUCUUGGGCACAAGUCUUUCCAGGGCCAUUAAUUUCCAGCUGGCAGAUUUGGAAUCACCUUUUUUUUGUUGUUGUUUUUUUGUGUGUAUGAAAACGGAUAAUAACCUUCUGGAAAGUUUAUUGUCUAUUUUUCUAUUACUGACAUAAAUUUCUAGUCCUAGAAUUUCUAACUGGGCUGGCUGGAUUGGGCUGGUCUUCACAGGCCUCAUUUUUUUUCACCUGUGGUCUGAGCUGUCCAAGUAUCUCCGUCUGUGUCAAAAAGGAGUGGAGCUAGAUGUAAUGCACAUGCAAGAAGGUGUCAUAGGUGUUAUGGUGCCAUGUCCAACCAAAACAGAGGAAAGGAGUUGUUGUCCAAUUGUUACCUUAUCUUUUUUCUCCCUCUUCCCUCUUUCAUCUCUUGUAUUAAGCAUAAUGACUGAAUCCUCUCAGAGGCCAGUGACGCGAUCCCCUUCAACUGUGGUGUGCUUAUGUUUGCCAAAGCACUACUGAACCAGCCAACCCUAUACUAAAAGAUUAGAUAAAGAUGCAGCGGUGAAAUGUAAAGUGCGGUCAGGAUGAGAGAUUAUAGUUAUAGAGAAUGAGUAUGAGUGUUUUUUCUUAAAUGUAAUGAUGCAAGAAAGGUCAAGUCAUUUUCAUACAUACUUAUAUAACAUACAUAUGCAUACCCUCACAGUUUUAACCCAGUGCUUACGGGCAUGGCAUGUACGUACAUACCAUGCCCACUGUCAAUUUACUUUUUUAAUUGUUUUUACACAUAGAUGGCUACACUUGUACUAAGUCACCAGUGAGCCAAUUACAAGUACUGCCUGUCUCACCCAUUUACCCUUUUCCCUGAUUUACGAAGGUAUUUUAAAUUAUCUUAGUUUGCUGUUACUAAUGUUUGUAACAUUAUGGUAAUUAUAAUUUCUAUAAUGAAAAUAACACCAUCAAUAUUCAUAGCAUUAGUGAAAAAUACAUUUUUCCAACCAAUUCAAGGAAUGGGGAAAUUAGGUAAAGUCACAAGGUCUACUAAUUGACUCCUUUGUGGCUAAGCACUAGCAGAGCCAUCUAUGUGCAGAUACAUUUCACGGAAAUAUAAAAAAUGAGCAUUGCAUUUCCCCCUUUUUUUUAUUCAUUUUCCCCGGUGGCAUGUGGUUAACUUUAGGGCAGAUCUGAUAAUUUUAAAAACAGUCUCCAUUAUUAAUUUGUGAUUACUUGAAAAAAAAUGGUGUUAUGCCUAAAUAUUACACAAAGUAUAGAAUAGAUAAAUUCAUUAUCCUUCUAGCAGUUCUUCCAAUUCUUUAUUUUGUGAUUGUAUUGAACUUCACUGGAAUUUCAAAAUUCUUCUGAGAGUAAGGUUUUUAGAUAUGUGAACAGCUCAGAACUUUGCACAAAGGUAUGACGUGUAUGUGAUAUGUAUGUAUGUGCCUCUGUGUAUGUUUGUUGUGUGUAAUUGUGUAUUAAGUGACACACAUGCACAAAAAUACAAGCAUGUACAGGUGAGUUGAAAAAUGAAUAAGGAUAAUGGUAGUAAUUUAGCUGACUCUUUGAAAACUGUCAGAAACAUGUACUUGAUUUUUGAUUUUGUGUGUGUGUGGGGGUGUGGGGGUAUGGAGAGAGGAAUAGGCAGAAAGCAUGACAGCAACAUAAUAAUUUCAUGAGGAGUCCUCAGGAAUGUGUGGUUGCUUGAGGUUACCUGUGGGAGUAAAGAAAUGAUAAACUGUCAUGUAAAAGACAAAAUAAGUGUUUAAUAGUGGAUAAGUAUAGGCAAUACAAGAAAAUGAUGAUGAAUGAAAUAAUUACAUAAAAGAUAGAAUUAAUAAGAUAGAAAUUUGUCAAAAAGGAAAGAACUCUUAAGUUAUAUGUAUUACAGAAAAUAUGGUAAAAAUAAAAAAAGAUGAAUGUAUAAGUGAAAAAAAAAGAACAAAGAAAAAAAAGUAAUUACAUAAUUUAUAAGACAUACAAAAAGUAAAGUAAAAUGUAGUAAAUUAUUGAUAAUAUAAUUGAUCAAUGGAAUGGAAAAAAUAGUACUUUUGUUUAUAUGUUUUUUGUUUUUUGAUAAAACAGCAAAAUGCAACUUCUUAACUCAGGUUUUGAGAGGGUAUGCAGGGAGAAGUGGCAACUUUAUUGCAGGUUGCAAGAAAUGUCUCUAUGAAGAAAGUGAAAUGUGUUGUAACAAAAACUUUGAAUGGAAAGCCAUAGUUUUGGAAAGGCUUAAUGUCCUGCUGAAUCAUUCUUUAUGAUUAAUGCUUUGGAGGAGGGACCAUUUUCCUUUUGAUUUUGAUUUUGUUUUAUCUUUUUUACAGUGUUUUAUUCAUAUGUUAAGUAACAUAUUCAGAAGUAUAUGUGUAAGCUUUUCUUGCGCUCAAAUGCUGGUUGGUAACAAUUUUUGAAAUUCCCCGUUUUAUAAAGAAUUCAACUGGGGGAAUAAGUUUAUGUAAAGGAAAAGACUCAUUUUUUUAUUCUCUAUUAUUAUUGUACAUUUUUUCCCCCCAAGAAUAAGACCACCAUUGAAAGUCAUACAUUUCUGUUUCAUGCCAACUGUUACAUCAUUCACCCAUUUAUAUGAAAAGGAUGUAAGUGUUCAUAGCUUCCCUGAGGGAGAGCAAUAUACAGGAUGCCAUUGAAUGUCAACACUGCAGUCACAUUGAUAGUGCAGUAUGCUGUACAGUAUAGUAACUAAGGAUAGCAUAACAUGCAACAUUUCUUUUGCCAGUGUUGCAGGUAAAAGGCAUUUUUAUGUUGUGAUAGGGACUGGAUUUUAAAUGCUGUGUAAAGAGUUUAAAUGGAGGUCUGCUGCCAGAGUCCUUUUUCCAGUCGUGGGAUGUGCGCUGGACGUAAAGGCAUUUCUUGGUCUUUUCGUUUUUCAGUGGAGAUCAGUAGAUGCUUGUAUAGUAGCACAGUAGUGAUAGAGUCCUACAGACUUUUGAGGUAAAGCCAAGUUUUUCUAUUUCCACAAAUGACUAUGCAGUCCAAAAUUGAUCUUCUAAUUCAUUCACGCAAGUGCAGUUGGUGCAAAAAAGGAAGAAUUGUGUUGGUGACAGAAUGUAAACUUCUUUUUUCUCCCUUUGCUUAUUAUGUAAACUUUUCUUUUCUUUUCUGUUCUUUUUCUUUUUACUUUGGCUCCAACAUCACAUGAUCAUCUCCCAAGAUGCUUUGUAAAUAUUUUAAGUGUGCAUUAACAGGUCUUUAUCUUUCUUGAAUAUGAAGGAUAUGUGAAAGUUUGGCAUCUAUUUUUCUUUUUUCUUUUUUUUUUAGGGGGGGAGGGGGGUAGGAAGGUAUAUGAAAAAAAUAUUUAGACAAUACUGGUAGCAUUAAAAGUUUUUUUAUAUAUAUAUUUUUUUUAUAUACAUUGUAUUGUAUUUUCUGUAUAAUAAUUUGUGACUGGUUAUAUUGCCAAUUAAGAAAUCAAUUCUAAAAGUGACAAAAAGUUGUUUUAAGCCUACCCUUGGCAAUAUAUCAAAAGAAAAACAUAUUGCUAGGCAGCAAAUCUUUUGUUCUGGUAUAUUUUGUGUUACAUAGUUUUUUUUAUAUAUGCAUUAGUGGUAAAGGCCACACAGUGCUAAGUACUACGAGCGAGAGUCUGCGUCAGUUGAUAUGGACUGGGUAUCUCAGUUUGUGCAAUUUGAAUAGAAUUAAUUUGAUACUGCACAAUAGUUCAAAGUCAAGUUGCAUGAUUCUCCUGUUAAUUUAAUUUGUGGGCCUUUAGUGUAUAUAAAGUAAUUUCAAUCAUUCCUGGUAUGUCUGUACACUAUUUUAUAAUAAAACCGUGUUUUUCACACA